AUGGCAUCAAACCACAUACAUAUACGCCGGGUUCACGACCCCGAAUUCUACGAAAGAGGUCAUGGUGUGCAGCAUGUACAAGGCCCCGAGCAAGAGCAAUCAAACCGGCGAGAUCUGCGCCGAGCUGAUUACUCACGAAACCGCACUCGAUUGUCCGAAAACUCGCCGCUGGACAAAAUUAAAGCAGAUUUGGAGGUGAACCUGGCUAGAUUGCUCGAGACAUUGCGUCAAAAGCAAAUUUUUGACGAUACCGUCGUUGAGUUUGCUCUGGUCCCUGUGCUCAUGGCCGAAGCUGGUGUUCGUUUGGUCGUUGACCUCCGGGCCAAUGAUGUAGAAGCCGUACGGCGAUCUACAUACGUAGAUAACUUUGGUUCUCUCCAAGGCAUGUUCCGUUUCCGUUUGUUUACUUCGGACAGGCGAACUCUGGCGACAGGCACAGUGGCGGAUGCCUUAACUUUGGAGGCAUCAAGAACGACCGAAACGAUCAUUCAACUGAUCAUUGCCGCUGCCGUCGUCGACGAUAGCCUUGGUUUUGACGAAGAUGUAUUAGAUGAAGAAGAUGAAGAGGCUGAUGAUGAGUAG